AGGCUCAUUCCUUCCAAGAAGUCAACUUUAUUCCAUUUCAUUCUUAACCAUAUAUGUUUCUCCACUAACACCUUCUCUUGCCGGAGAAAGAACUGGUCCAUUGGUGAGCUCCAAAAUUUCAGAGCUUAAUCAAAAUGUCUCUGAACAGAGCUUUUCAGGGGUAGAAAAAGCUGGGUUUUUUUUUCAUGUCCUUAGACCUAGAUAGAGCCUCCAAUGCCUCAAGAAGUUGAAACGUACAGGGUUUUUGUAGCGACAUGGAAUGUUGGUGGGAUAUCUCCCCACAAUGGUCUCAAUCUUGAUGAUUUUCUUCAAGUUCAUGAUCAAUUUGAUAUAUAUGUUUUGGGUUUUCAGGAAAUAGUCCCUCUAAAUGCUGGGAAUGUGUUAGCCAUAGAAGACAAUGGGCCAGCAGCAAAAUGGCUAUCUAUUAUCAGCAGAUCCUUGAACCAUGGUUACCCUAGUCCUUUAAUCAACCAAACAACUUCCCUCAAAACAGCUAGUAGAAUUUUCAGGGCACAAAGCGUAAGAAAGCGGCUUAAGAGUUGCAACUGUAGUACUACUUCUGAUCAACCGGAAAGGAAGUAUAACAAGGAUUCAUGCUUCAAAUGCCAACAGACAGAAAGUGAUCCAGAAGAUUUCAUGGAACAGAUCAAUGAUAUUGGACCGGAUAGUUUCGUUGUACCUGAAUCUAACCCGUCUUCUGGUUGUAACAUGAUCAAGUACAGCCUUAUAGCAUCCAAGCAGAUGGUGGGAAUCUUCCUUACUAUUUGGGUUAGGAAGGAGCUAGUGCAGUACAUUGGCCACUUGAGAACUUCCUACAUUAGUCGCGGAAUCAUGGGUUACCUGGGGAACAAGGGGUGCAUCUCGUUGAGUAUGUCUUUUCACCAGACAAGCUUUUGUUUUGUCUGCAGUCACUUGGCAUCCGGGGAGAAAGAAGGGGAUGAGCUUAGAAGAAAUUUGGAUGUUAUAGAGAUUAUUAAAAAUGCUCAGUUUACUAAGAUCUGCAAAAGACCGUAUAGUAGGAGGAUGCCGGAGAAAAUUCUAGAACACGACCGAAUCAUAUGGUUAGGGGAUUUAAACUACCGAAUUGCUCUGAGCUACGCUGCUACCAGAAAAUUUGUGGACGAGAACAACUGGGAUGCACUUCUCAAUAAGGAUCAGCUGAAGAUCGAAAGGGAAGCCGGCCGAGUAUUCAACGGAUGGAAAGAAGAGAAGAUCUACUUUGCACCUACGUACAAAUAUUAUAACAAUUCAGAUGCUUAUGCUGGAGAGAUUGAAAAAUCAAAGAGCAAAAGGAGAACUCCAGCAUGGUGUGACAGAAUAUUAUUCCAUGGAGAAGGGAUACGUCAACUGUCAUAUGUGCGCAGGGAGUUGAGAUUUUCUGACCACCGGCCUGUUUGUGCAACAUUUUUAGUGGAUGUUGUAGUUUAGUGGAUGAACACCAGGGAUCCGAGAACCCUAUAGUGAGCAAUUCCAACAGUCCAUAAGUUCUACAAUUUGGAUUAAAAAAAAAAACUCUUCCACGGAGGAGAAUAACUCUUCCCUAGAAGAGUUUGUUUUUAAUCCGAACCAUUAAUUGCUUAGAUAGAUAGUUGAGAUCGAUACUCACUACAACCCCGUAGUGACUUUUGCUCACUACGGGGUCCCCAGGUCCGAACACAACUGAACAAGGGAAUUUAUGCCUUCAACAUGAAAGUUGGAAUUGAUGAAAUCUUAUGUACCUCCAGCUAACUCCAAAUAUUGUUUCAAUGUGUGCAGAUAGUGUUGUUUGAAUGAUUAUUUGAAUUUUAUUCUUUUCUUUC